AUGCCAGGACGACUUGAAGGCAAGGUAGCCAUCGUAACGGGUGGUGGAGGCGGAUUCGGCAAAGGCAUCGCCCAAAAAUUCGUCGAAGAAGGCGCCAAAGUCAUCAUCGCCGACUUCGUCGAAGAAGUCGGCAAGAAGAGCGCCGAAGAACUAGGCUGCGAAUUCCACCGCACCGACGUCUCGAAGCGAGAAGACUGGGAAUCGAUCAAGAAGUUCGUCGACGAGAAGUUCGGACGACUGGAUGUGGUUAUCAACAAUGCUGGGACGACGUAUCGCAACAAGCCGACCAACGACGUGACGGAUGAGGAUUUCGAUAAGGUGUUUGCUGUGAAUGUGAAGGCGAUUUAUUACUCGGCGAAUGUGCUUGUGCCGUAUAUUCAGGAUAAGAAGAAUCAGGCGUCCUUUGUGACGAUUGCGUCCACGGCGGGGAUUCGUCCUAGGCCUGGGUUGACGUGGUAUAAUGCUUCGAAGGCUGCCGUCAUCAAUGCCUCAAGAACAAUGGGCGUGGAAUAUGCAAAGGACAAGAUUCGAUUCAAUACCGUCUGCCCUGUUGUCGGCUUGGGUACUGGCCUCUCUGACUUCUUCUUGGGCAAGCCAGAGAAUGAGAAGACCUUCUUGGCUACUGUUCCUAUGGGUCGGGGUUGCACGCCGAAGGACGUUGCCAACACGUGUGCAUUCCUUGCCAGCGAUGAAGCCGAGUUCUUGACAGGUGUUGAUAUCCCCGUGGAUGGAGGUCGCUGUGUGUAG